ACAGGAAUUCCUGCUAUGCGCCGGUGACCGCGAUCUGGUGUUCCAGAUCUGUUGCCUGGCGACGAGUGGCGAUCAACUAACCAGCUGUGAACAACUUGGCAGCAGUUUAUCCGAAGACACACAGCUGUUUGGGUCAUUGUCAGACGUUACAGGCGGUGGAGGAAGCCCUGAUGCUCUGAGUUGGAUCCGUGCCUUUUCCCUACUUGAACUCUUCGCAGGGAUUAACGAGAGCAGCUUCCUCUUGCUAAGGGGUUUCACAGAGACGAUGAUGGAUUUGUUCGAGGCGUUGCAUUUGGACGAGCUGUCCCACGGACUGGCAAACUUGUCAAUGUUUCCAUACUUUGACAUGGCCCACUACAUCGUGUCAAUCAUGGCUCUGAGGGAGCAGCCAGGCGUUCUUGAGGUUUCCAGAGUCAGCCCCUUAGCCUGCUGGUUCAGCUCCAUGCUCUUCUGUUUUGGUGGAGGUGUGCUGUCUGCCUUCAUGCUGGCCGAGCCAGCCGUUGCACCUUUGUCCAACAGCACCAGUGUUCUGCUUGCUUCAAUCACAUGGUACCUAGUGUUUUACUGCCCCAUGGACCUGGUUUACUGUUGUGCUGCCCGGCUGCCUCUCAGACUAGUGCUGUCAGGGAUGAAGGAAGUGACCAGGACGUGGAAGGUGCUCGGAGGGGUUACCCAGGCACACAGUAAAUACAAAGACAGUCUGAUGGUUAUGAUUGCCAUUGGGUGGCCUAAAGGUGCUGGAGGUGGUCUGAUAAGUAAUUUUGAGCAGCUUGUUCGAGGCGUUUGGAAACCAGAGACUAAUGAGCUCCUCAAAAUGUCUUACCCCACCAAGAUCACCCUGAUAGGGGCGGUGCUGUUUGCUCUGCAGCAGACCCAUUAUCUGCCUCUCCAGAAGCACCACCUGAUGCUCAUCUACACCACAUUCAUCGUUGUCAACAAGUCAAGGAUGAUGCUGACAGGCUCCUCUGCCUCACCAUUCGCUGGCAUUGAGUCGGCCAUCUAUAAGACCCUUUUCACCGGCCACUCCCCUUAUGCUGCCCUCACUAGCGAGGAAAAGAAAGUGUGCAUUAAUAACGGCGCAACCAACGGGACGACCUCAACUGCCACAACCGGUGGGAAUAGAGUAGCGGGGAAGAACACCCUGGUUUCUCCUGUCAACGGACAAAGUGGAUUGCUCAGAGCCAAAGAGGAGUCAGAGAACGCAGAGAAAACAAGCUGCAAGAAGACCAAAUAGUCAGCCCCUGCCCCGUAGCGACUUUUCACCUCUAAACAGGGUUGUUAAGUCAUUUCUGAUUCAGAUUGGUCACUUCGGGACUUAUUUAUGUGCUAUUUUUCUUUUAUCAAAACAUGUUUUUGUUCCAUCUAAUUCCUGAGAACAAAAAAAAAUUUUAAAUGUAAAUCUGCUGACUCCAAAAGUACCCUGCACCUUAUUGUUGGAUAAUCACCCCGUCCUUAAAGUACUGUAAUAUUUAUGCUGGAUGUGAAAUUCAUACCAUCCUCGAGCAGAUUGCAUACUUGCAGUAAAAUGUGUAGCGUGAUUUUUUAAUAUAUAUUUAUAAUAAUUUAAUUUCUGGGUUUUGGGAACACCUGCUGAUCUUUGAAUGUUUUCUGCUUUGUGUAAAUGCGGUUUUUCAUACUUUGAAAUUAUUAGAAACAAUUUUUUAAAGAGAGAUUAUAUUCUAUAUUCUUGUCUUCAUACUAAAUAAUUGCACUCUUGAAUGUAUUUUAAAAUGGAUGACAUAUUUUUAUUGUAUGCUGUUUCUUCUGGUAAAUGCUUUGAAUUACACUUGCAAGCAUGAGAGUAAACAGGUUGAAAUGCACCAUAAAA